AUGAUUGCGUCAGUUUUUGCCUAUUCGCCGGCGAUCGUGGACGUGGUUGAUCUGCUGCCCGGCCCCAUCUGGCACAUCAUCUUCCGCCACUUGCUGCUGGGUAGCUCCUCCGGCGCGUCACAAGAGGGAGGAGCAGGCAGCGCCUCCGGCGCAUCACUUCUUAGUCGACUCAAAAAGAAGCUGCAGCGAGUGGGUAACUCCUCGGGCGCAUCACAGGAGGGAGCAGGCAGCACCUCUCCGGGUGCCACUGGGAGUGGACUUCUGAGUCGACUGAUAAAGAAACUGCAGAAUUGGGGUAAUUCCUCGGGCGCGUCACAGGAGGGAGGAGCAGGAGACGCGUCCUUCGGCUCCUGCUGGCCUCUGCUGCGCUGCGCCAUGGUUUGCAAGAGGCUCCUCCACCAUGUCGCCUCCUUCCCCGAGUUUGAUCCCAUGAAGCUGACUAUCAACCCCCAAGACCCCGCGCUCACACGUCUCUCGGGAACGCUCUCUUUGUUUCUCAGGCACGCGCCUCACACGCCUCUUAAUGUCGUCCUCAACAGCCCCCAGGACCUGCACUGCCUCGGCCGUCUCUUGGGACCCUCUGCGCGCUCCCUCACAACCGUGAGCUUAGGGCUCAAGGAACCUUACGACAGUUUCCGGCUCCUUGAGAGCGAGCGGCUGAUGCAUUCAGCAUUUCUGGGGGAGUUUGAGCAGCUGCAGAUGCUGGAGCUAGGCUACGGGACUUGGCAAUUAGGCAGCCUGAAUCCGGCAAUGUUCCAAGCCUUACGGAGUCUGAGCAUCCACGAUUUCGAGCGCGGCAGAAAUGUUCUGCCCUUCCUUUCAUCCAUUGCGCCGCAGCUGCAUGAACUCGCUCUCGCCUGCUCCACCCAUGGCUCUGGCUCUACCUCUACCACCCUCGAUUUCAAGUUCACUGCUGCUCGAUCUAUCACAGUCUGCUUUGAGAAUCAACCGCUCCACCUCCGUUUCGCCCUGCCUGCCUCUUUGAAGUCCUUCUCUGCCACGGCGGGAUGCCUUCACGUGGAUUGCACAUGCAACAGCCGCCUCUCUCUCGACUCGCUCUCUCUGAUUGGCCGCUCGCAGCUUGUCGUUUCUUCGCUCCCAUUGGCUGCCGCCAAAUCCGUCUACUUGAACGGAGGCAACCAAAAAUACCAGUGGCGUGCGUUUCCCUGUUCCAAUCUCGAAUCGCAACGCGCCUUGACCAACCUGCUCAGCAGCAUAGCGCCAACAGUGGAGGAGCUUGUGUUGAGCCAUGGAGAUGAGGUGCUGAAGAGAAUUCAGGCUCUCAAACUACCAGCAUCCUCUGAUGCCGAGAAGCAUCAUGAUGACUCAUCAUCGGAUGAUCAUGAGAUCGUGGACGUGGUUGAUCUGCUGCCUGGCCCGAUCUGGCACAUCAUCUUCUGCCUCCUGCUGCUGCCGUCAUCGCACCAGGGACGCAGGCCCUGGCGUGGCGCUCGACUUUUGAAUCGACUCAAAAAUAAGCUGCGGAAUCUGGGUAACACCUCACCCCGCGCAUCGCAGCAGGGAGGAGGAGAAGGCAGCGCGUCGCCGGUUGCCACAGGGACUCGGAAUCGGCUUCUAAGCCGACUCAAGAACAAACUGCAGAACCUUGGUAACUCCGCGGGCGCGUCGCAGCAGGGAGGAGCGGGAAACGCGUCCAUCACGGAGGAGCAACACGCGGAGGCAUUGAGGACCUUCGGCUCCUGCUGGCCUCUGCUGCGCUGCGCCAUGGUCUGCAAGAGGCUCCUCUAUCAUGUCGCCUCCUUCUUCGUGAGUCAUCAUCAUGCGCUCCCUUUCCCCCUUCCCCCUUCCUCCUCCCCCUUCCCCCUUCCCCCUUCCCCCUUCCUCCUUCCCCCUUCCCCGUUCCCCCUUCCAACCACCUAUUUCUCCUUCCCUCAUUCGGCCCACCUGUCCCUUUACCACCUUGCCGCCUUCUUCUCUCCGGGUGUCACAAUCGGCGCUGCUUACUUAGGCUCCGUGGUUCCAAGCUCUGCCAUCGUGAGUCACAAUGGCAUUCCACCGCACAACCUCUACUCUCACAACCUCUACUCUCACAACCUCUACUCUCACAACCUCUACUCUCACAACCUCUACUCUCACAACCUCUACUCUCACAACCUCUACUCUCACAACCUCUACUCUCACAACCUCUACUCUCACAACCUCUACUCUCACAACCUCUACUCUCACAACCUCUACUCUCACAACCUCCUCGGCCAUGCCAUGGACUUGGAGCCCAUGACGCUGCCCAUCAACCCCCAAGACCCCGCCACUCUCACACCUCCCUCGGGAACCCUUUCCGUCUUCCUACGGCACGCCCCCCACACGCCUCUCAAUCUCGAGCUCAACAGCUCCCACGAAAUUCACCACCUCGGCCUUCUCUUGCAGCCCUCUGCACGCUCCCUCGCAAGCCUGGGCCUUGGAAUCAAGGAACCUCUGGGGGGAAUCGAGCCUAUUAUUAAGGAGAGGCACCUGAUGAAUCCGGCCUUUUUGGAGGAGUUUGAGCAGCUGCAGCGGCUGAAGCUGGGUCGCGGGACGUGGCAACUAGGCAGCCUGAAUUCAGCGCGGUUCCGGGGUUUGAGGAGCCUGAGCAUCCACGAUUUCGUGUGCGACGGAAACGCUCUGUCCUUCCUCGCAUCCCUCACGCCACAUCUGCGUGAACUCGCACUCGCCUCCUCCAGCCAUGUCCUGCCCUUCGCCCUCGAUUUCAAGUUCACAGCUGCUCGAACCAUCACGCUCUGCUUUGAGAAACAAGCGAUCCACCUCCGGUGCGCCCUGCCUGUUUCUUUAAAGGCCUUCUCUGCCACUGCGGCGUGUCUCAACGUGGAUUGCACUUCCUCCUCCAGCCCUCCCUCUCUCGACUCGCUCUCUCUCGUUGCCUACUCUCAGCUCCUCGUUUCCUCGCUCCCAUUGGCCGCCGCCAAAUCCGUCUACCUGAACGGUGCAAGCACCCGGGCAAAUCGCUGGCGCGUGUUUCCCUGUUCCGAAACCGACUCUCAACGCGCCUUGACUCACCUGCUCAGCAGCAUAGCGCCUACAGUAGAGACGCUUGUAUUGAGGUACGGCUGGCCGUUGGAGGGCGUGCGUGUGGAGUGGAGCCGCCUGCGGCACCUCAGCGUUGGUGUGAACCGUUACUGCACUGGGGGGUUCAGUUACAGCGAAAAGCCGGAGGAUCCGGAGGACUCUCGGUUCUGGAGGUUCUUCGGCGGGGAAGAAGGGAGCAUCAUUGGCAGCAGCAGCAGCAGUAGCAGCAGCGACCUGUUCAUCGAUGCUCCAAACCUGGAGUCGAUAUACUAUGCUACUGAGGAGUGGCAACCUGGGAUUCCAGAUGCUCUGCGCAGGCAGUUCCCUUCCCUGGCAUCGUACAGGAUUGUCGAUCCAGCGUUCCGCUGGCGCAGUAGCGAUAGCGGGGGUGAGAGGAGCGGUGUGAUUAGGUCGGAUUGGCGUGGCAGGUUAGUGUGGGAACACAGCAUGUCAUAG